UCCACGACCACAGAACAGUUUAAAUACGGAGCCUCAGAAACUGAAGGGAAGAUUCUUGUCUUCACUUUGUCCUUCCAAACUGCUAAGAUGGUUCAGAGUGUGGUGAAGAUUUCUUUGGUUGGCCUUUUGUUCUUCAGCUUUGGUGCUUGUUAUCCCCCCAGAAAAGCAGUAGGUUCAGGUCAGACCGGGAUGGGCUUCGACGGGUCCACUUACAGCAGUGGUGGCGCUAUCUCCCAAUUUGGUGGUUCUGGCCGUGGAUCAAAUGUGGUCUUCAAUGAGCAGGAUGCAGGACUGGGACAGAUCGCUGAAGACGCCAUGAGCUACAAACCUGAGCGUCCUUUCCCACGCUUCGCCUGGACCCCUGACCAGGUUCCCCUGGGCAUGGUGGAGCAGCGCCCGCUGUACCCCUCAUCCCACAUCGUCCGCGUCAGCAGCGGGUAUCAGCGAGCACGGGACUUCCGCUCCGACGCCAAAUACACUCAGGAUAUCUUUGACCACAUUCCUCUGCUGGAUACUGGAAAGGGGAACUUUCCAAUGACUGACUCCAAAGGACACAAGGCCUACUGAGGUGAGAACAACUCAGCUCAACAACUUCAACUCAUGAUGUUGCAAUCUUAUCCUAUCCUAAGUUUGUUUCUAUUUCUCCAAUAAAAUGGACUGACUUGGA